AUGUCAACAACAGAGAACACAACAACAGUUAUAGUCCAUGAAGCUAUAAAUGAAGAAUACGAGUACAUACAGUUUAACAAACAACUCCGUCUCAUUCGUUCAGUCAAAGAUGACAUGUACCAAAUGCAAAGUAUUUUGACAGCAUGUUUUGCUCCAGAUACUAAGAAACCACAAGACUGGUUUAGGAACCAAAGCACUAUUGAACUAUUAAAUGAAGCUGAAAAUUCGACUACGGAUUUUCUCGUAGUCGCAAAAACUCGAGUAGGUAAAAAACCACAGUCGCCAAAACUCUAUGAAAACAGUGAAGAACAGCGAGUAGGUAAAAAACCACAGUCGCCAAAACUCUAUGAAAAUCGUGAAGAACAGCGAGUAGGUAAAAAACCGCAGUCGCCAAAACUCUAUGAAAACAGUGAAGAACAGCGAGUAGGUAAAAAACCGCAGUCGCCAAAACUCUAUGAAAAUCGUGAAGAACAGCGAGUAGGUAAAAAACCGCAGUCGCCAAAACUCUAUGAAAAUCGUGAAAAAUUGCCAAACGGUUUGAGAGGAUAUUAUGUACAUAGACUUCUUGUAAAUGCUGUUGCAAUGUGGGCUUCGCCUCGUUAUGCUUGGUAUAUUUACAGACUUCUUGACGAAAUUCAUAGACAAGAACGUGAAGAGAUGGAAAACAAGCUUGAAGCAAAAGACAAAAGCAUUCAGAAAAGAAUACCACGUUCGGUACCAAAAGGAAAGGAAAAGAACUAUAAGUAUAUGAUUUAUACUGAAGAGAUGGAAAAUGAAGAAGACAGAGAUAUGGUUAUGUUGCAUUUAGUCAGAAGAAACAACAAAAGCUUUUAUGACCUUGCUAAGAUUUACAAAUAUGACAGAAAUUGGUUCUAUCGCGAAAACUUACCGAUUUCAAUGACACCGAAUGAAGAUGUGAAACAAAUAGUUCAAGAUACGUUACCUCAAACACACUAUGAUAUGAAAGGUUGUACAAUACUUACCUUCAAAGAAGACUUACCGCUACUGAAAGAAAAAAUAACAGAGUAUUUUGACAACUUCAAACAAGCAGAGUAA